UUUCCAAAUUUCGGAAAGCCAACAAUGCCUGGCUACCGACCUCGUAGGGGAGGCAAGCCUUCUUCGAAAGGCCGCGCAGGUAAAAGAGGCCACGUGGCUGAGAAGCAGGACGUUUUUCAGAGUUCGCGAUUAAAAGAGACGGAAGAUGAUGCUUUGCAAGAUGACGCCAAAAGUGAGGAAGACGAUUUAGUUGCCGCCGACGAAAACGUCUCCGACAAAGACGAAUCACAAUUCCAAACUGCGAGCGAAGAUGAAGCUCCAACGUCAAACUCCUACGCCCUAUUGUUGCAAUCGCUCAUCUCGGGAAAAGAGAACCCUGAACCUGCGAGGAAGAAAAGAAAGCUCCUGCGCACCAAAGAGAACAAUGACAGCGCACCAGGGAUGACUGUGACAAAUGGAGAGCUGUCUCAAGAGCAAAUCCCUGAGGCGGACGCGAACGAGCAACCUGUGGAACUUCUAGAGGAGGUGGAAACGGAUGAAGAGCACGCAGAAGGUCAUGAGGCAGAUGUUGACUCAGAAGAUGAGGGCAUCCUCAUGCGAGAUCCGUUCGAGAAGCAUUAUACGACAAUCUUGGAGCAAGAUUUAAAAGCAGCAAUCCACCAGGCGGACCAGAAGCAAUGGAACACUUCCUCCUCUACAUCGGAUUCGGGCGUUCGCAGCACGGUUCUCUUCACCAAAGAGAAUCCAGCCGAAGUCAGCGAGCUGAGAUCGACAAAAGAUGCCUAUCUCAAGCGCAGGUUGGUCGAUGCUGGGAACAAACUUGUCUCUAGUUUGACCUCGGGGGAGAAAACCCACGCUGCACUCGUGUUCAACUAUAUUGAUAUCAUAAAUGGCUGCCGCAGCAUCCCUAAUUCAACCCGUUUGCGCGACCUAUCUUGCUUGCACGCCCUUAACCACAUCUUCAAGACCAGGGAUCGGGUCCUCAAAAACAAUGCGAAGUUGAGCUCGACAUCCAGUGAUGAGGCACUCGACUUCCGUGAUCAGGGAUUCACUCGACCCAAAGUCCUCAUCAUGGUACCCACGAAGCAGGCGUGUGUGCGGUUCGUCGACAGCAUAGUCAAAAUCAGCGAACCUGAUCAGCAAGAAAACAAAGCCCGGUUUCUGGAAACCUUCUCUCAUGACGAUGAGGAUGAAUGGCAAGACAAGCCCGAAGACUUUCGGGCACUUUUUGGCGGCAACCACGACGAAGACUUUCGGAUCGGGUUGAAAUUCACCAGAAAAACUAUCAAGUAUUUCUCCGGCUUCUACAACUCGGACAUCAUCAUCGGGUCGCCCCUUGGGUUGAUGCGCACAAUUACCACUGGCGGCGGCAAGGACAAGAAGAAAUCUCACGACGCAGAUUUCCUCUCUUCUAUUGAACUUGUCAUUAUGGACCACACAAACGCCUUGCAGAUGCAGAACUGGCAACACGUGGACUAUGUCUUCUCCCAACUGAACCUUCUCCCCAAGGAUUCCCAUGGCUGUGACUUCUCUCGCGUCCGCCACUGGUAUCUCGACGGGCAGGCCAAAUAUCUGCGCCAAACCAUUAUAUUCUCCGACUAUCUGACCCCCGAAAUCAACGCCUUGGCCUCGACCCAUCUGCACAAUGUCGCUGGGCGAGUGAAGCUUGUCCCGAAAUACCCGGGGGCGAUGCUCUCAGUAUCCUCCCUCGCCCUCCCUUUCACCUCGAGUGUCCCUCAAACAUUCCUGCGCGUUCCCUCGCCGAACCCCUUGACCGACUCCGACGCCCGCUUCAAAUUCUUCACCACCACGAUCCUGGCGCCGCUGGUCCGCGACGCCCGCCAUCAACGGGGCAUCCUGCUCUUCAUCCCCACCUACGCCGACUUCGCCCGUCUGCGCAACCACCUCUCGACGUCCUCCGACGCGACGUCGCUCUCCUUUGGCAGUGUCUCGGAAUACACGCCCGUGAAGGAGGUGAUGCGCGCGCGCUCGCACUUCCUCUCCGGCCGCCACGCAGUGCUCCUGUAUUCGGAGAGAGCGCAUCAUCAUUUCCGGUAUAGGAUCAAGGGCGUGCGGAAGAUUUUGUGGUACGGCGUCCCCGAGAACCCCAUCUUCUGGACCGAGAUCAUUGCGCUCUUGGGGCUCGGCGCGGACAAGGGCGGAGAGCGCCACGCUGCUGCUGGCAAGGGCGGUGCGAAAGGUGCCAUUAGAGCACUGUUUUCAAAGUGGGAUGUGUUGAAACUGGAGAGGAUUGUGGGGACAGAGAGGAUGGGCAGAUUGAUCAAUGAUCAGGGAGGUGAUACGUUUGAUUUCGUCUAGGUUCUAUGCAGUUGCCUCCUCGAGAGGGCUAAGGGCGUCUUUUCGGUGUAAGACGUGUGUAAAAAUGGGUCUGUCUCCUGUCCAAAAGUAUGAGAUAUAACCGCCCUCCCAAAAGACCGGAGUAGUCUAUGCUUCUUUUCGUCUAUUCCAAGGACUGGU